AUGACCAUACUGAACCUUUCUAUGGAAGAUCAUUAUUUCCUUGUACUUAUCGUUGUUGCUUUGUUUUCUUUAGCAUAUGUUGUCUCCAAAAAGGCUUGGAAAAGGGUUCCCGGCGAUGCAUGUCUGGGGGAAUCUGCUCAAAUCCCUGGCCGGCUCGGACUACCUUUCAUAGGUGAAACUUUUUCUUUUCUUUCUGCAAGUAACAGUAACAAAGGGUGCUACGAGUUCGUAAGGCUAAGGAGAUUACUGUACGGGAAGUGCUUCAAGACUAGAAUAUUUGGAAAGAUCCAUGUGUUUAUUCCAAGUACAAAGGGUGCAAGACAUAUAUUCACCAAUGAUUUUCUAGAAUUCAACAAAGGAUAUGUCAAAUCAAUGGCUGAUGCUGUUGGACAGAAGAGCUUGCUCUGUGUACCGCAUGAUAGCCAUAAAAGGAUUAGGCGUCUCCUCUCAGAUCCUUUCUCCUUGCCUUCUUUAUGUAAGUUUGUUCACAAAUUUGAUCAAAUGCUUACACAAAAGUUGAAGAAACUAGAACAAACUGGCAAAAGUUUUAAGGUGCUUCACUUCAGCAUGCAGAUGACAUUUGAUGCCAUGUGCAAUAUGCUAAUGAGUGUCACAGACGACUUCUUGCUAAGACAUAUAGAAAAAGAUUGCAAUGCUGUUUCAGAUGCCAUGUUAUCUUUCCCUCUCAUGAUUCCUGGGACUAGGUAUUACAAAGGCAUUAAGGCACGCCAAAGACUGAUGAAAACCAUGAGAGGGAUAAUUGCUGAUAGACGAAGUGGAAGGGAGACUUGUGAUGAUUUCCUACAGUCUAUGUUAGGAAGAGAUUCUUACCCAUCCAGUGAAAAGCUCGACGACGAAGAGAUUAUGGAUAACAUAUUAACAUUGAUAAUUGCAGGGCAGACCACCACUGCAGCUGCUAUGAUGUGGAGUGUCAAGUUCUUGGAUGAGAACAGAGAAGCACAGGACAAGCUAAGGGAAGAACAAUUAUUGAUAGCAAAAAAUAAGCAAUUUGCAGGUUUACUUAGCCUUGAAGACCUUCACAAGAUGUCUUAUGGUUCAAAGGUUGUCAAGGAAACAUUAAGACUAUCAAAUGUCCUGUUAUGGUUUCCAAGAGUUGCAGAACAUGAUUGCAUAAUUGAUGGCAAGUAAUUUCCUCUAAAAUUGCUUCUUGCAGCCAAAUAUCUUAUUAAUUGUCUAACAAAAAAUGAUUUUAAAUCAUAUGAAAUGAAAUUUCUUAUUAAUUAAUUACCUUUUCUUCUCAUUUUUUACUUAGGUUUUGAGAUAAAGAAGGGAUGGCAUGUAAAUAUUGAUGCAACCUGUAUACAUUAUGAUCCAGAUUCCUAUGUGAAUCCUAUGCAAUUCACCCCUUCAAGAUUCGAUGAAAUGCAAAAGCCAUAUAGUUACAUACCUUUUGGAUCAGGACCCAGAGCUUGUCUAGGAAUGAACAUGGCCAAAGUGACAAUGUUGGUAUUUCUACACCGGUUAACUAGUGGAUACGAAUGGACAAUACACGAUCUGGAUCCCAGUCUAGAAAAGAGGGCACACAUUCCUAGACUUAGGAGUGGUUGUCCCGUAACAUUAAAGGCCUUAAAUUCUACUACCUCUGUUCCAUAA